AUGGUUGAGAUAGAACCACAAUGCCCCGAAAUUGUGAUUCUAUCUGAGAAAGCCUGGAGGACACGGCGUACAAGGAUGAGGUUAGGUCGUAAGGAACAAGGAGAAACGCACGAGGAUGGGAUGGAAAUAGUCCUCAGGCUGGUCGCGGCAGAAGAAGAGAUUGUCAGCAAAUGGGACGGAGAGCGAUUCGAAGGAAGCGGAAAUAAAUUAAUGGGGACGGAUGACGGAUCCUCUCUGUCUGUAUCGCAAACGGAGAUCGUUGUAGGUACUUACCACAACCACCAGAAAACCCCGCCCGGAAUGCUAAACUUGCUGUUGAUUGGAAAGAUGGGAAAGGAAUGA